GAGAGGGAGAGAGAGAUAGGGACAAGAGUGGCCCAUCAAUGUUGUGAUCAAGCGCAAGAGCUCAACACACACCCCUAAAUCUAAUCGCAGGCAUCUCGAUUCCGGGAAGUCCUGCAACACCUCGAACCCUCGGCCACUUUCCCACCUUCACUGAUCAAAACACGGGCACCAGGGGCCUGCUCUCCGUUUUUAAAGUGGACCUAACACCGCCUUACUUUCUUGACAUGGGAGACAUGGGUGAUCCACCAAAAAAAAAGCGUCUAAUCUCGUUGUGUGUCGGCUGUGGGAAUCAAAUCCAGGACCAGUAUAUUCUGCGAGUGUCCCCGGACCUUGAGUGGCACGCGGCAUGUUUGAAAUGUGCAGAAUGUAACCAGUAUCUGGACGAGUCCUGUACAUGUUUUGUCCGAGACGGAAAAACGUACUGUAAACGGGACUACAUCAGGUUAUAUGGGAUAAAAUGCGCAAAAUGCAACAUCGGUUUCAGCAAAAAUGACUUCGUCAUGAGAGCACGCUCGAAGGUUUAUCAUAUCGAGUGUUUCAGAUGUGUGGCGUGUAGUCGGCAGCUCAUCCCCGGAGACGAGUUCGCUCUGCGGGAAGAUGGGCUCUUCUGCAGGGCCGACCAUGAUGUGGUGGAGCGGGCAACAAUGGGUGCUGGUGACCCAUUAAGCCCAUUACAUCCGACGAGACCUUUACAAAUGGCAGCAGAGCCCAUUUCGGCACGUCAGCCCGCGCUUCGACCUCAUGUGCACAAGCAGCCUGAGAAAACAACCCGCGUCCGGACAGUCCUCAACGAAAAGCAGCUCCAUACCUUGAGGACUUGUUACAAUGCCAACCCUCGACCCGACGCUCUCAUGAAAGAGCAGCUCGUUGAGAUGACGGGUCUCAGCCCGAGAGUCAUCAGGGUUUGGUUUCAAAACAAGCGCUGCAAGGACAAAAAGAGGAGCAUACUGAUGAAACAACUCCAUCAGCAGCAGCCCAACGACAAAACGAACAUCCAGGGGAUGACAGGGACUCCAAUGGUGGCGACCAGUCCAGAGAGGCACGACGGUGGUUUGCAGGCAAACCAAGUGGAGGUGCAGAGUUACCAACCGCCUUGGAAAGUCUUGAGUGACUUCGCACUGCAGAGUGACAUUGACCAGCCUGCUUUCCAGCAACUGGUGAAUUUUUCUGAAGGAGGACCAGGCUCCAACUCCACAGGGAGCGAGGUCGCCUCGAUGUCCUCGCAACUGCCAGAUACACCAAACAGCAUGGUAGCGAGUCCUAUAGAGGCAUAAGCGAGUGGAUUACUGUAGCCUACCCGAAGUAUGGGAAAGGACGAGUCGGGGAACCAAUCUCAGAGAUGGGGUCGUGAAGUUUCUUCCAUCCCUUUUAAUUUAGGGCCACUCGAUCCUGAAUAAAACCCAUCCUCCAACUGCACGAGGCCUCUUUAACGAAACAACCCUUGGUUGUAUUUAUAAACUGUGAUGACAAUCAUGGAAUUUAAACACACUCAGAUGUACCGAGCAAGUCCAACGAGUGUUGCGCAAAGACCAUUUCAUGAGUAGGUUACCCUUGAUGAGAAGUUGCAAACUUCAGCGAAAGUGGACCCAGCCGGCGCACAUAUUCACAUAACGAACUUGAAUUGAUCAUUGCAGUGCACCGCGGCGCGGCCGAGUGGACCUGGUCGGCUACACUUUUGCCAAAAAACCCCUACGCACCCCCCCCCCCCCUUCCCCUCCCCCAACACACACACUUUUUAUGACAAAUCAAUGGACCUUUGUGGAUAUAAGACGCAAGUGAACUUAGUCUAAUAUACACAUUCAUACAUCAAACUACUAUUGUGCGCAACGUGAGUAGCCUAUUGUGAAACCAUGACUGUUUAUUCUGUACCUAUAAAAUAGAUCGAAAUGGACUAGUUCACACAUUGAAGAGGGUGUAUGGCAGCCGAGGUCUACUGCGAUUACAGUUUUUAUUGGUCUCUUUUAAGCCCAAGUACUACUAAAGCAUUGCAACAAGGUAUACCUCUAUUUUGCCACAAGCUGUGUGGGAAUUUCAUGUGUUCGUGUCCGUCCAAGAACUUUUUUUCUUUCCCAAAGAUGUGUAUAGAUUUAAGUUAAUAUGACUGAUUAGCUCUGAAGGUUUCUUGUUUUUAGUGUAUUACAAAACAUUUUAUUAUUUAUUGUCAAAAGACAUGCCACUUUUGUGUAAUUUUACUUGCUUAAGUAAAAAGGAAGAAAAGAAUA